AACAAAAUCGAUGCCGCGAUUCCCUGUGUUUUUUUUUACUAUUUAAAGUUUAGAUUCGCCCCAAUUGGUUCCUCGCGGAGACCGGCCGCCACGUGGGGCGACCCGCCGCCGUCGAGCUCCCGAGUCCCGCUCGAUCCGGGGAGGCAUUCGCGGCCGCGCAAUGCGUCGAAACCCUAUAAAUUGCCGGCGCCCGGAACCGGUGCUCGAUCGCUCCUCCUUUUCGUCCCCCAAUCUUCGCCCCACCGCUUCGCCGGGAGUCCAAUAAGAGAAAGAGGGCAGGACGCCGAUGGGAUGCCUGCUCUUCCUCAUGCCCUCCAUUUUUGUCGGGUAGACUAUCCGUAGCUCUAGUAGCCUCCUGCACCGGCCGAUGUCUCGCUAAUUUCUUCCCCGCCGGCCUGCGCUUCCUCUCAAGGGAAUAUCAAAAUGGGUGCGUGCACAUCAAGGCCAAAUAGCACACUCAGGCCUCACAAGUACUCCCGCCGGUCGAAGAAACACCAUGGAAAAGUUCCAUGUGAGCUGCCAGAAUUUUCCAUGAGCAAGUUUGUUCAGGUCGAGUCUUCUGGGAAAUCAAGGCGAAAAACAGAUGUUCAGAAUUUGAAAUUUCAUCUAACUCAAUUGCAGUGGCACCACAGCCAAGUGGAUGCUCAUGGAAUGUGUCAAGACGCAUGGUUUGAUUCUCUCAGCCUGAUUGAGUCUGAUACUGAUGAUGAUUUCAUCAGUGUAGAUGGAGAUAGUGUGCCAUCUGAAAAAAUAGAGGCUCAAAUGUUGCAUUAUGAAAAUGCUUCUCGAGUUGUUGAUGCACUGUGCCAGUUGCAUGAUUAUGGUAGUGCUCCUGUGACAUUGGCUGUUGAACAAUAUCUGAAAAGAGAAGGUAAAAUCGAAAGACUCUCGAGCAAGGAUGAAGAGAAGGAUGUUGAAUUUUCUGCGGGAAUGAUCUCUAAGACGCAAGAGAAACAACUUGAAAAAACAUAUGGUAGCUUUAACGAUUUGAAAGAAAGACAUGAUACAGAAGAACAAUCUCUUGUGAACAAGAUGCAGGCUCGUUUAAGUAGAUUAGUUUCUUCUUUGAGUUUCAAUGAUAAGAUCUAUCAAAUGAGUACUCUUAGUCCAUCAGGACAAAAGAGAAAGUCAGCUGUUAUCAGGCUUUCUUACAAAAGACAGUCAUGUGAGGGAGAAGAAACUACCGAGUUCUGCGCAACAAAGAAAUUCUUACUUCGUCCAAAAGGAGGAUUAGUGAUUCCAAAAUUCCCAGGGGAGAAGUCAAGUGCAGGAUACUGGUCCUUUCUUGCUCCAUCAACUUUUGAACUUCGUGGAGAAAGCUACUUCAGGGAUAAGAAGAAAUAUCCUGCUCCAAACUAUGCUCCAUAUUACCCAAUUGGUGUUGACUUGUUCAAUUGCCCACGCAAAGUAAACCAUAUUGCUCAACACAUUGAACUUCCUCAAGUCCAGACACACGGGAAACUUCCUUCACUCCUUAUCGUCAAUAUUCAGAUGCCUACUUAUCCUGCCGCCAUGUUUCUUGGUGAUAGUGAUGGGGAAGGAAUGAGCCUAGUGCUGUAUUUUAAAAUAUCUGAAUGCUUUGACAAAGAGGUUUCUGAUAGUUUCAAGCAUUUAAUAAGGAAAUUUAUUGAUGAUGAAAUGGAAAGGAAUAAAGGGUUUGCAAUGGAAACGAUCACCCCCUUCCGGGAGAGGUUGAAAAUCCUUGGUGGGCUAGUUAACCCAGAGGAUCUUACUCUGAGUUCUGCAGAAAAAAAGCUUAUACAAGGAUACAAUUUUAAGCCCGUUCUUUCGCGUCCUCAACACAGUUUUUAUCAGGGUGAAGAUUACUUUGAGAUUGAUCUUGACAUACAUCGCUUCAGCUACAUAUCAAGAAAGGGUCUAGAAGCAUUUAGAGAACGUAUGAAAGACGGGACGCUCGAUCUGGGUUUAACAAUUCAGGCCCAGAAGCCGGAGGAACUCCCGGAGCAAGUCAUCUGCUGCGUGAGGCUGAACAAGGUCGACUUUGUUAAUCACGGGCAAAUUCCCAGCAUCGUCGCUAUCGAUAAUUGAGACAAAUGGACCAAGCAAAGUAUUCCUAAUGCGAUUAGUUUCAAUACUCUAUUUUACCAAGUAAUGAACACCUUGUGUGUUCUCUUAAACCUAUCUUAAGUGCCAGGCCAAUCUGCUAAGAUUCAGUGUUGUCUGGUUUAUCGUUUUUUUUAAAAACCUAUCUUGAGCACCCUCUUGGUGCAAUUGUUAUUAUUAUUUUUUCCUUUUUUUUUUUCUUGUCACUGAAAGUUUGUAUCCUGAGAUACUACUGCACAAGUUGGACAAGGAUGAUGUAUUGUUAUGUGUAUUCUAUAUUGAUCGAUAUCAUUUACUAGGAUAAAGACUUGAUAAUUAAAA